AACCACCACCUUCUAACCACAGCAACCUCUCAGACAACCAGCAUGCAGAUCUUCGUGAAGACCCUCACCGGCAAGACCAUUACCCUUGAGGUCGAAUCCUCCGACACGAUCGACAACGUCAAGGCCAAGAUCCAGGACAAGGAGGGCAUUCCCCCCGACCAGCAGCGCCUGAUCUUCGCCGGCAAGCAGCUCGAGGAUGGUCGCACCCUCUCCGAUUACAACAUCCAGAAGGAGUCCACCCUCCACCUUGUCCUCCGUCUUCGUGGCGGUAUGCAGAUCUUUGUCAAGACCCUCACAGGUAAGACGAUCACUCUUGAGGUCGAGUCCUCGGACACGAUCGACAACGUCAAGGCCAAGAUUCAGGACAAGGAGGGCAUUCCCCCAGAUCAGCAGCGCUUGAUCUUUGCCGGCAAGCAGCUCGAGGACGGGCGCACGCUCUCCGACUACAACAUUCAGAAGGAGUCCACCCUUCACCUCGUCCUUCGUCUCCGCGGCGGUAUGCAGAUCUUCGUCAAGACCUUGACCGGCAAGACGAUCACCCUCGAGGUCGAGUCUUCUGACACGAUCGACAACGUCAAGGCCAAGAUUCAGGACAAGGAGGGUAUUCCUCCAGACCAGCAGCGUCUGAUCUUUGCUGGCAAGCAACUCGAGGAUGGUCGUACUCUGUCGGACUACAACAUCCAGAAGGAGUCUACCCUUCACCUUGUUCUUCGUCUCCGUGGCGGUAUGCAAAUCUUCGUCAAGACACUCACCGGAAAGACUAUCACUCUCGAGGUUGAGUCUUCCGACACCAUCGACAAUGUCAAGGCCAAGAUUCAGGACAAGGAGGGUAUUCCUCCGGACCAGCAGCGCCUGAUCUUCGCCGGCAAGCAGCUGGAGGACGGGCGUACGCUCUCUGACUACAACAUCCAGAAGGAGAGCACUCUCCACCUUGUCCUUCGUCUCCGUGGUGGUCUGUAGACGGUUGUGUUAGGCUUCGAUGGUGUUGAUCACUGUAUUAUCUGUACCACUACUAUCGCACGCGCUCGCUGAUACGCAAUACACACUAUCUUUCAUCGAAGCUAC